AGGCGAAACAAUGCUCUUUUUACUCGCGCCAUCGGAUCCGUGAGGGAAAACUUUCGCAGUAUCUCCAUUGAAUGGAUUGACGGGACAGGGAGGAGUAUCUACCGUGCCCAAUCGAGGCUCUAUACACUUUUCAACGUCAUCUUGUCUUCGAUGUUCUUCUGCUGCUGACAAUUUCAAGGUCAAUCGGUUCAGAUAAAUAUACCGAGCUCUUCUCUCUCUUGAGCUGCCACUUCAUUCAGAACCAUCAAGGCAUCUUCCUCGGUUCUGAGGAACCUGUCACACGCUGCUCCAUUCACUCGAUCUGUCGUCUCUCCCGCUCCUCGUUUCUUCAGCUCCAACAUUCCUAGAGCUGUCAAUAUGACGACUGGCACUUUCAAAUACAUCGACCCCUCAUCGUAUGUCGACAGCGACGUUCCUUUCGUCAAGCCGUGGGGCAAGGUUGAUGGCCCCGGCUACUCGUUUAAAUUGACCGAUCGCGAACGGCCGGUGGAAAACAUCCGCGGACAAGAAUCGAAGUUUUCUGUCGACACCUCUGGUUUCGCUGUAUACAAUUCUCCUGCGCAAGAGAAGGCUUUCACAGACGACGCAAAGGUCCGAGAAAGUUAUUAUGCUGAAGUAGAGGCUUUGCUGCGGGAAAAGUUGCCUGGAGUCAAGAAGGUGGUGUUCUUCGAUCAUACUAUCAGAAGAAGAGAGAAGGCUUCCCCUCGCCAACCUGUGCAGCAAGUGCAUGUCGACCAGACACCGAACGCAGCCGCGGUUCGGGUGCGCAGACAUUUACCUGCAGAGGAGGCAGAGGAGCUGCUGAAGGGACGCUACCAGAUUAUCAAUAUCUGGCGACCGAUAGCAAACCCGGCGUCCGACUUUCCUCUUGCGGUCGUUGAUUACCGUACAACUGAGCCCUCCGACAUGAUCAAGGUCGACCUCCUCUACCCGAAAAGGGAAGCCAAUGGAUUUCAUGACGAUGACGACCGGGGUAAGGAAGUUCUUCCCGACCCGACUUCGGCUUCAUCCACCGUCGGGUACGAGGUCAAGGGUGAGACGUUCGCGGUGCGGCCGAACGAUAAGCACCGGUUCUUGUACAUGAAGGACAUGACGCCCGAGGAGGUCAUGUUCAUCAAGUGUUUUGACUCGGCCAGCGAAGUCAACGGCGGCAAGAAAGGCAUCGCAGGGUACACGCCACACACGGCCUUUGUUGAUCCACAGACACCCUCAGACGCUCCAGGGAGACAGAGUAUAGAAGUGAGAUCACUUGUCUUUUACGAAUAAAGUGGUUAGCGUACACCAUAUACACGAGUGACACAUAUAAUUGCAUGUUAAAGUGGUAUGGCAUGAGGAGGUUUUAGUUAGCGAGUCUCUUCAAUAGCGAAAAAAAUUAUUUAAGUAUUAUCGAGUACAACUUCUUGUUCCGACAAUAUAUUACAAACCUUCA